AUGCCACCAGGCCGCAACGACGACAGCCAUUCCGAUCACCGUUCCGCUUCCACCAACACAUCUUCGAGCAAGCUCCAAACAGAUUGUGCCACCGAACACGGAAACUCCUUGCAGUGCAUUCAGGAUAAUUUACACGACAAGAAUGUAUUACAAGGCUUUGUUUCAAUGAGGCAAUCUAUUGCCCCGUCUUUUCCCUCUGUACGACUGCAUGAUAUUGACACCGGGCACGACGACAGUAUUGUAGGAGCACGUUUCUUGCUUUCGUUUGAUCUCGACGACACUCUUUUUCCAACGAGUCAGGUUGUGAACGAAGCCAACACAGUCAUGAUUGCAGCCAUGAAUGCCUUGGGGUACGCAAUCUCGGUGGACGGGUUUUUGGAAACGACGCGGCGGAUUCGAAAAAGACUGACCCAGCCCGUGACUUAUACCGUCUUGCGCAAAAUGGCGAUCCGGGAGGUUAUACAGUGUCAACUUUCUCAAGGCGAUACGCGAGGGCCAAUACUGAUUGAGGAAAAAGCGAUAGACGAAUUAUUCAACGUGUGGCUGGAGGAACGACACGCGGCAGCGGAACGCUAUCUAUUUCCAGACGUAAUUCCUAUGUUACAAUCGGUUCGGGCACGUUUUCCAGGUGUCUGCAUUGCCGCCAUUACAAAUGGUCGGGGCGAUCCACUAGCAAUGAAGGAUACACUGGCCCCCUAUUUUGAGUUUUGCGUUAGUGGAGAAGAUAGCAACGUGUUUCCUGAUCGCAAACCCCAUUUAGGAAUUUACGAAGCGGCGUUGGCACUCUACAAUGCAACAUUCCGGGAUCAAUCGUCAGAGGAGCUCUUGUGGUGUCACGUGGGCGAUUGCUUGGCUAAUGAUGUGGGAGCCAGCGCCGGGUGUGGCGCCUUUGCAGUAUGGUUUUGUCCGGACGAUCAAACCAUUGAAUCUGCCGCUUCUCGUUUGAAGGACAUACGGAGCAUGCCGUCCUGGUCCACGGCAUCCGCAGCUGAUAUAGUUGAAAGAGCGAAAAUGGCCGAACAUGCCAAGGAAAAGGUUGCCACUCGAAUUCGUUCGCUAUCGGAGCUCGACGAAACGUUGCUCAAAUUCGUAGAACGUUCCCACUCUCUUGCUUCCGCUACGUAAAGAAAAAAAG